AUGCCCUCAUAUCCAUUACAAGAGGUGUGUUUGGCCGUUAUCAUAGGAACGCCUUUGUUGGCAGCUGGUUUUGUCGCGCUCAGAAUAUUCUCAAGGAGAAAGUUUGCGACAUACUUAGGAUGGGACGAUUAUACAAUUAUAUUGGCAACUGUGUUGUCAAUAGCACUGAUAUAUCCAAGCGUCAGAUUUGUGCAUAUGUGGCACUUUGGAGUUCACAUAUACCACGUUGAUCAACGACGCAUAGAACCUAACUACGAUGACUUCCAUAUCAUCUUGCUCUCGUUCAACCUGCUCAAUACUAUGAUCCUACCUCUCGUGAAAGCCUCCAUCAUCAUCCUUCUCAUGCGCGUUUCAUCUGUCCUCCCAAUCAUCAGACGCUCGCUCUACGCGGUAUUCGCCUUCAACGCACUGGCUUGCAUCAUUCCGUUCGUAAUACUCAUCUUCCAAUGUCCGCCACAGACAGGCAACACAUGGAAGCCUCGCGUCUUCGGCAACCUACACUGCAUGAAUCGACCACGAAUAGGGCAAGUACAAGUCUUUCAGACGAGCGCCAACCUCCUAACAGACCUACUCGUCCUUCCAAUACCAUUCCUUUUGAUGCGCAAAUUGGAGCGAACGAGCAUCCGGACCCGCUUCAUAAUUAUAUUUCUCUUCAUGACAAGUCUAGGCGUAACCGCGAUCGGCGCUGCAAAAAUCCACCUCACAUACCAAGACCGUCUCUACAACAUCCAGGCAAACGACUGGACCUACAAUAUCACAUUUUGCAUCAAUCAUGCCGAAAACAACGUCGCGAUCAUCGUCGCGUGCAUCCCUGCGCUGCGGGGUCUCAUAAUGCGCUGGAUAUCACGUCCCAUGGACGAAGAAGAUGCCCGGAUGCGCAGGAAUUGGCCUACGUCUCCGCAAGCGCGCGAUAUCAUCACGUUCAGCUUCUCCGACAGGUCUGAUACCACGUCCGAUCGUCCACGUUGGAUUCCAAUCUUGCCCAAGGUAAAUGCGAGAGUCAGUAAGAGCUGGAAUGAUAGUAGACUGGGUGGUAUGCGUCCGCUCCAGUAUACGGUCAAGACGUCGCCAGCGAGCUUGACGUCAGCUAGUGAGACGGCGUUGGAUAAGGAGAAGAUGGUUGGCCUGAUGGACAUUACGCAUGUGGAGACAUUCAGCAGUUUAGGCGUUCUUGGGCGGGAGAAAAGUUUCAGUGAUGGUGAACAGGGGAUGAACAGCACAGAGACCUAUACUGCGCAUAGACCCUCAGUGGAGGGAGAGGCGACAAUGCCAAGAGUGAAAAGCGUCGAUGAUAUGGAAUUCAUUACGGUCAAGAGUGGGAUUUUAUGA